AUGAUGAUCGAAGCCAAAGAAAAACAUGAACGUGAAGAAGAGGAUCGCAAGCGACGUAUACAAUUAUAUGUUUUUGUUUCACGUUGUAUAUCGUAUCCAUUCAAUGCCAAGCAGCCGACUGACAUGACCAAGAGGCAGCCUAAAAUAGUCAAGCAACAAUUGGAAACAAUUACUCAGCGAUUUCAAGCUUUUCUAAAGGGUGAAACACAAAUAAUGGCUGAUGAAGCCUUUCAAAAUGCUGUACAAAGUUAUCAUGAUGUUUUCUUGAAAUCAGAGCGCGUACAAAAAAUGGUACAAUCGGGAGCGUGCUCCCAACAUGAUUUUCGUGAGGUUUUCCGAAAUAAUAUCGAGAAACGCGUGAGGUCUUUACCUGAAAUCGAUGGCCUAAGCAAGGAGACGGUUCUUACUUCGUGGAUGGCCAAAUUCGACAUUAUACUUAAAGGCACUGGUGAAGAAGAUUCCAAACGACCUUCCAGAAUGCAGCAAUCACUCAACAGUGAAUUGAUUUUGUCUAAGGAACAGUUGUACGACAUGUUUCAACAGAUUUUGAGUGUUAAGAAAUUUGAACACCAAAUUCUAUUCAACGCGUUAAUGCUGGAUUCAGCCGAUGAGCAAGCAGCUGCAAUCCGUCGUGAGCUAGACGGUCGAAUGCAACGAGUUAGUGAAAUGGAAAAGAACCGAAAACUAAUGCCAAAGUUUGUUCUAAAAGAGAUGGAGUCUCUUUAUAUUGAGGAGUUAAAAUCAUCAAUAAACCUGCUAAUGGCGAAUUUGGAGUCCUUACCAGUAUCUAAGGGAAAUAUGGAUAGCAAAUAUGGAUUACAAAAACUCAAACGAUACAAUCAUAGCACUCCAUCCUUUCUGAAGAUGAUACUGCGAUCACAUGGCUCACUUUCAAAAUUGGAAGGUGAUGUAGAUGAGGGCAUAACGCAACUAACGAAAUUGGAUGUUGUACUUACAUUUCAAUUGGAAGUUAUUGUCAUGGAAGUUAAGGGUCUAAAAUCUUUGGCGCCCAAUCGAAUUGUGUAUUGCACCAUGGAGGUAGAAAAUGGUGAAAAACUACAAACCGAUCAAGCGGAGGCUUCAAAACCAAUGUGGGAUACCCAAGGUGACUUCACAACAACACACCCCUUGCCAAUAGUUAAAGUAAAGCUAUAUACAGAAAACCCUGGGAUGUUGGCAUUAGAAGACAAGGAACUGGGCAAGGUUACAAUAAAACCAACACCACUUUCAUCGAAGUCCCCCGAAUGGCAUCGACUGGUGGUGACCAAAAAUCUUCCAGAUCAAGACCUCCGAAUUAAGAUUGCUUGUCGGUUGGACAAACCUUUAAAUAUGAAGCACUGUGGGUACCUUCAUGCAAUUGGUAAAUCAGUUUGGAAGAAGUGGAAGAAACGGUAUUUCGUGUUAGUUCAGGUGUCCCAGUAUACAUUCGCAAUGUGUAGCUACAAAGAGAAGAAGUCUGAACCAUCGGAAAUGAUGCAAUUGGAUGGAUAUACAGUUGAUUACAUAGAAGCGGCGAGCGCCAAUUUAAUGUUUGGCAUAGACUUAAAUGGAGGCCGUUAUUUUUUCAAUGCAGUUCGAGAAGGUGAUAGUAUUGUUUUUGCAUGCGAUGAUGAAAAUGAAUGUAGUCUCUGGGUCAUGGCUAUGUAUAGGGCUACGGGACAAUCGCACAAGCCCACGCCUCCAGUAACCCAGGAUAAAAACUCGGCGAUAUCAAAAAUACAAGGCGAUGCCGACAAAGCUCGAAAGCAUGGAAUGGAAGAUUAUAUAAGUGCAGAUCCUUGCUCAUUCGACCACGCUGCUCUUUUCAAAGUACUACAAAAUCUCACGCUCGAGUAUCGUCUUAACGAUCCCUAUGCGUCAUUGGGUUGGUUCAGUCCUGGCCAGGUCUUUGUGCUCGAUGAAUAUUGUGCGCGAUAUGGAGUGCGUGGUUGUUACAGACAUCUGUGUUAUUUAUCAGAUUUGUUAGAUCGGGCAGAAAAACAGUAUAUGAUCGACCCCACGUUAAUACAUUACUCAUUUGCGUUUUGUGCUAGCCAUGUGCAUGGAAAUAGACCCGAUGGCGUUGGCAGCAUAACGCACGAGGAAAAGGAAAAGUUCGCUGAAAUUAAAGAGCGACUUCGGAUAUUACUUGAAUAUCAAAUAACGAAUUUUCGCUUUUGUUUUCCAUUUGGUCGUCCGGAAGGUGCUUUAAAAGCUACUCUGUCUCUCUUAGAGCGUGUACUCAUGAAAGACAUUGUUACACCCGUACCACCAGAAGAAGUACGUAUGAUGAUUAAGAAGAGUUUAGAAACAGCAGCCCUAGUUAAUUAUACACGACUUUCUUCUGAAGCGAGAAUUGAAGGUACGUUAACGAUAUAA